AUGGAUUUACCAUCAACUAGAAGUAAAACAAACUAUUGGCAACAUCAACAAGAUGUUAAUCAUCAAACAGCAAAAUCUCAUAUAAAAUUAAAUAUCGAUCAACCAAGUACUUCUCAAUACAGUGAAAAUGUUCAAUUUUAUAAUGAUAAUAAUCAAUUAAAACGUACUCUAUCUAUAUCUGAUCAACGAGGAUCACCGUUUAAAAAACGUCAAUAUCCUCAACAAAUAACUACACCGAUUCAAGCCUUUCAACAAAUAAAUACACCGAUUCAAAUUCAAACUGAUGACGAUGAUGAUGAUAAUGAUGAUGAUGAUGAUUCAAAUACAGGAACGAUUUCUUCCAAAACGACACAUGAUACAAAACGAGAUGAUAAUCAAAGACGAGCUGCUCAUACAGCUGCUGAACAAAAACGUCGAAAUGCUAUUCGAAAAGGAUAUGAUGCAUUACAAAGUCUUGUACCCAAUAGUCAUUUACUUGAUCCAAUUAGUUCACAAAAAGUCAGUAAAGCAGCUAUACUUAAACGAUCUACUGAUUUUCUUGCACAAUUAAAUAAAGAAAAACAACAGUUAAGCAAUGAAUUAGAAAUGAAAAAACGAGAAACAAUCAGUUUACAUACUAUUCAAAAAGGAUAUGAAGAUAUUUUACAAAUGAAUAUCAAUUCAAGUAAAAAUGCAAAUGCAUCAAUAGAUGAUGAACAAAAAUUUAAAGUGUUUCAAAAUAUUAGUGAUACACUUUUUGUUACUUUUGAUCAAGCUAUGCAAACAGGUCAAAUUACAAAUUUUUCACAAUUUACAUCUAUAUUUCUUCGUUGGGUUGAAGAUUCAUGUCGACCAUCAGAUAUCAAUGAAAUUAUUUGUCGAGUAAUUGGAAAUUCAAAAUCAUAA